AUGGCAGCCCGUCUUCUAGUGACAGCCCUGCUGGCGGUUUCUACAUAUGCCUCGCCUGCAAAAAUCCAAUCGCGCUCUAUCACUCCGCCGGACGGCUGUCCGAUUCCUACAUGGACGGUCAAUGAGUUUAAGUGGUUCAAUGGCUCCCACAGCCUGGACUGCAUCCACAAUCAAGUCGACAUCAACGCCAAGGGUUGCCUCUGUGGAAAUGGCUGGUGUGACCCCAAUCCAGCCACUUGCAACGGCAGCAUGGUGAAUGUGUGUUGGACCGGGAUGCCCAACUACGAGCCCUGGGGAUAUGGCCCCAAGCAAACGCUGGAUAUCGACUUUGCGGAUGGUCUCACGUGUCACGACGAGUACAUUGGAUAUCGUAUCCAUGACAUCGCUCAUGGUGAAAGCAACUGUGGCUAUGCAGACCGCGGCGCUGGGCGGAUUGUGGCCUUCUAUGGAACUUCCGAUCUGGAAACUUCAACCGGUCAUAUGGAUUACACUCUGGGCUAUGGACAUGCCCUGAAGUGUGACAAUGGCAGCAGCAUCACCUACUCCGGAAGCACGGAUUUCCAACUCAGCUGCACCCAUGACGCCUACUUCAACGCGACAUGCACCGCGCCGGUGUUUGAUAUUCCAGUCUUGAGCUACGAAUGGGUCUCGUGA